AUGCAGGUCAAGCGUACAGUCAAGCUCGUGACGGAACAGAGCGUUAUCCAGGGUCGAGAUUCCGGUGUGGAAGGAUUCCCUCUCCGAUCAUGGUCCAUUGAGAUUUAUCUCUUGGGUGAACAUGGCGAGGAACUACCUGCGACCUUAUUUGACAAAGUGAUCUACCGUCUCCAUCCCAGUUUUGGUGACCGCGCAAAUCAGACUGUCAAAAAUCCCCCAUUUCGUAUCCAGGAAGAAGGAUGGGGUGAAUUCGAUAUGCAGAUUGGUCUAUACGCCGAUAAGGAGCAUACGAUAAACCACGAUCUCAACUUUCAGCAGUCUCGAUACGAGUCGAAGCACACAAUCACUUUCAAACAUCCCAAGGCAGCUUUGCUUGAGAAAUUACGCGAAUCCGGUCCCGUACCUGGUGAUGAGAAUGGCGUCAAGGGGAAGCGCGGCGCAACUGGCGAGGAGAGCGUGAAGAAAAAGAAGAAGACUGAAAAGACUGUCGACAUGGACAAACUCGCAGACGGGCUUCAGAAACUUGGGGAAGACGAUCUCUUGCAAGUUGUCCAGAUGGUCCACGACAACAAAGCGCUGAACUCGUAUAUAGUCAACGAUGUCGAGCAGGGCGAAUUCCAAGUGGAUCUGUACACAUUGCCAGAUGCCCUCAUCAAAAUGCUCUGGGACUUUGUGCAGCAGCGUGGUGUUGUCUAG